AUGUGUUUGGAUUCUAUAAAGAUUGGUCAAGUUCUUUGGAGAAACUACGAGAGCAUGCAACCUAAGUCAAAAACCGUAAAUCAAGGAGAAACCAAUCUUUAUAAUGGACAUAAUUCCACAUUAUGUUCUGAACCCUGGUGGAAUAGUACUGGUUUCAAUUCCUUUUCCCCUGCAAUGAUGCGGGGAAAUGCAUCAGAUUCCUCAUCCCUGGAACAAUCUGCGGAUGGCCAGUCACAGUCUGAGGGUGGAAUAAAUGAGGACGAUGAUGAAACUGUCAAACAAUCACCAAGUACAAUGCCUCUCCAGUCAGAUAGAAAUCAUAGGCCAGAGAACACAAAUCUCGAGAAAGGUGUACCUACCUUGCAUCCAAGACCUGAUGGAAGCCUUUCGCAGCCCCCGCAACUUGAGCUUGUCGGCCAUUCAAUUGCCUGUGCUGCAAAUCCUUAUGAUCCAUAUUUUGGAGGAGUGGUGGCAGCUUAUGGCCAACCUAUGGUUCCUCAUUUAUAUGAUAUGAAUCAAAUGAGGAUGCCACUACCCCUGGAGAUGGCACAAGAGCCUGUUUACGUGAAUGCCAAGCAAUACCACGGUAUCCUGCGGAGGCGGCAGAUACGUGCAAAAGCAGAACUUGAGAAGAAGUUAAUAAAAGCUCGAAAGCCGUAUCUUCACGAGUCUCGACACCAACAUGCCAUGAGGAGGGCAAGGGGUUCUGGCGGACGUUUUGCAAAGAAGUCUGAUGCAGACACUUCUAAGGGAACCGGUUCGGGUUCAGAUGUCUCAUCACAAUCCAUUAAUUCAACGGGGUCUGAACCCUUGCUCUCCAAAUCUAGUGGAGCAAAAGCGCCUGAGCCUCAGAACCUGUAUGAUUCAGCUGCCAGCAAUUUUAGGAAGCAAACCAACUUGCAGGAGCCCGUGUAUCAGUCCCAUUCUGGUGAGAUGGGGGAAGGACCUGCGUCAAGUCAACAAUGGGGAAAUAUUCCUUCCAACCAUGCACUUGCUAUGCAGUGAACAUGAUCACAGCCUGUGAGGAGAAGGUUGACUCUGAUGAGAGAAAAAUACUAUUUGCUGGUAGUUUAAAUCUUGGCUCUUCCAGGCGGGGCGGCAAUUCAUUCUUGGCUGUUUUUUUCUAUUAGCUCGUUGAGGAAGGAUGAUGGGAUUAAUUUGAUCUUCUUUCGAGUACAACUGUUCUUCCUUUUGUACAAAAUGUGAGUUUGAGAAAGACUGAAGUGAGAAACACUGAAGUUUGAGUAGGAAAAGCGCACUUUAAUCUAGUACCCUUGUAAAGUCCCAACUAGGAGUAGCAUGUUUCUACUUGCUGCAUUUUUAAAGCUAAAGCUGCCAUGUCUUAUCUUGAUUGCACUAUGCCAAGAAUAUUAUGGUGAGGUGUUGAUGAUGAUUUUGUU